AUGGCGUCCAUGUUCGCGGGUCCGUCCCGCAGGCAGCAUGGUGAGAAUGCAUUUGCUGAGUGCCGCGGCGAUGACCGUCUUCAACCCUUUGCGAGUGGUGGGACACUGCGAUAUCGACGCAGCAUUGCUCAGUUUGAGCAAGUACGGCUAGGCCUCCCCGACGACGUGCCCAUCAUCUGCGCACAGUGGAACUCGAUCAUUGCGGUCAACUAUCCGGCCCGCAAGUUCGGUAUCAAGAGAAUGACUCUUAUCGAGGAUGCCAAGAAACUCUGCCCAGACCUCGUGGUCCAGCACGUCGCUACUUAUCGUGAAGGCGAGAGCGAGGCUGGAUACUGGGACGACGUCGACCGAAGGACGCACAAGGUCAGCCUUGACCCGUACCGCCGCGAGAGCCUCAAGAUUCUCGCCGUAUUCCGGGAGAUGGCCCCAACGGCCGAGCUGGAGAAGGCGUCCAUUGACGAGGCGUUCUUGGACCUCACCCCCAUGGUCAUUGAACGUAUCCUCUCCUCAUACCCAUACAUUGCCACUGUUCCAGACGAUGCGCCAGACGGUCUCGACAUGCCACUUCCUCCACCACCAGCAAUAGACUGGUCGCGCGCCGGAUCUGUGUUCCCACUCCAGGUCGAUGACGAAACUGAAGUCGACGUCGAGGGACGAGGCUGGCACAUGGCAAGAUCUCGCACUGUGUAUCGGCGCCGAGAUCAUGGCGGACGUAUCGCACAUAACAAGACAAUUGCCAAGCUUUGCUCCGCCUGGAAGAAACCGAACGCCCAGACGGUUAUGCGACUUGAAGCGACGCCUGGGUUCCUGAGGGACAUGGACUUCACAGAUAUCCGAUUCCUCGGCGGCAAGCUUGGUAGCGCAAUGGCUGCCGAGUUCAAUGCCAAGACGGUUGGCGACAUGCUAGGACCUACAGGCCAAGUUUGGCGAAGAGAGCAUAUGGGUGUACAACAUUCUGAGGAGGUCAAGGAGAAGCUCGCGACCAAGUCCAUGCUCGCAUCCAAGAACACCAUCCCCAACGUCCGUACCGCAGAACAAGGCCACCACUGGCUGUCUGUUCUUGCUGGCGAGCUCAACGUUCGUCUCCGGGAGGCACGAGGCGUGACGCCCGGUCUGUGGCCCAAGACUCUCGUUCUCUCCAUCCGCUCGUCAGGUGCAGGAGCAUCUCAUUCUCGUCAGGCGCCGUUUCCGUUUACUCGCAACCUCAGCACCGAGUAUAUUGUCAAGCAUGCUCGCAAGCUGUGGGACGAAUCGACCCAGCCGCUAGCGAAGGGGACCAUGAAGCUGAGCAAUAUAGGUCUGGCCUUCACCAGCCUCGACAAGCUUGAGGAAGGUCAGCAAGGGAUCGAGGGCUUCUUCAAAACUGGCAAUGUUGAGAAACGACCACGCGAGACGACAGUCCUGUCAAAUGACUCGUCGUCCAAGCGACCUCGGUUGCCUACUCUCCACACCAAGCCGAAGCCAAACGCUCUCGAAUCGUUCCUCGCCCAAGGCAGGGGGACGCCUCCGCCGGUGGUCAAGGACGAGAUCAAGGACAGCAGUCAUCCUACACCCGAUGCACGACCUUCACCGAGCACGCCGCCUGCUGCAGACACUCCGGGGGCCUGGCAGUGUCCGAAGUGCGAUACGACGUUUACGGCUCCACCUGGCGUACCUGCCGAUGAGCAAAAAGCAUGGAUUUCACACGCAAGGCAAGAGCACGACGACUAUCACUUUGCCCUCUUGCUGCCGCCUGCUGGCUGA